AUGGGCAUACAGAGAAGCUUAUGGCGCAUACCACCCGGGGCCGACAUCCUCAAACCACAUCCUUACCCAAAGAGGCCAGAUAUUUUCGAUACUGUGCCACUAGCUCCAGCAUUGACUGAGGAUGACGCCUUUCUUGCACGUCGGUUCUGGCAGCAGCCUGAUGACGCCCUCGGGCGCGCGUGGAGGGCACACAAAGAUCGGCCCUACACUCGUGCGUCGGAUGAAGGCGGAGCUGAAAUGCACGUGUUGGCCAACAAUGUUUAUGAGCACUUAAUGACUAGCCCGUUUCUGCCGGUCUCGCGUGAUGAUGCACGAGCCAGGUUCGCAGCGGAGGGACUGGAUGAGGUUUAUAACGGAGUGAAGGGACUAGAGGCAAUGCAACAGAAAGUGUUCAUACAUGGCCUCAAUGUCAAAGAUCCGACUCUUUGGACCAGCAAUAGACUGAAAGAGGAACUGGAAUUGAGGGGUCUACGCACAGACGGGCUGAAGGAGGAACUACAACGUCGUCUCUGGGAACACGAAUGCGAUGAACGAUUCGGUGUAUUGAAACUAAGCGACCUGAGUCACUGGGGCAUUACGCGUGAACCAAAGCCUGUCAUGCGUCCCGCUACGAAAACAGAUAUGUCUGCUCUCGAUAUGUACACCGCGGCAAUCAAAUUGAGCCCGUACAAUCCAACCUACUGGGCUAGCCGUGGGUACUGCCAUUACCUGCUGGGUUACUUCGAUCUCGCCAUUGGAGAUGCCUAUCGUGGCGAGCUUCUCUGUGAAGUGUUGACAAUUGCAAGCAAAAGAAACAAGCGCCCAGGACUUUACACCAGGGUCUGGGAUGCCAUUCAGCAGCACUUGAUGGCGGGGCAGAAGACGUCGAAUGAUCGCAGGCCCGAGAUUACGCUAAUGAGGAAAGCCAAUGGUAUCAAUUAUUUUAUUCCAACCCUAAAGAACGCUCUUCACAGUAUCACCAGUCUCAGCCUCGCAGCACUCAAUAGCUGGGAUGACUUCACCGAACAUAUGGAGAGCCAGCUUCAAAGACCUAUCCCGUAUCGCGAUGUCUCUAUUCCUCGAAAACGCUUGAUAGCGAGCGCUGUUGUUCGCGAAGAGAUUGAGCGCAGGAGAGCAAACCCAUCAGAGCGUCAUCCAUCUCUGUAUGGGCACGAGUGGAGCCGAGGAUGGAUCUCCGGCGCUGAUAGAUAUCCCUACGACAAAGCAGACGUAAAACGCGAAGCACCUGAGUUCAUCAAUGCGUUGAACGCAAAUAUGUUCAUGACUCGUGCAGAUGCCGCCGUUUCCGACAACAUAUGCCAAGUGCAACCCAUUCGCAAAGCCGACGGUUCGUUCAACGGCUUAGGUGUCUUCGCCACUACAGACAUCCAACCAGGAACAUUAAUUCACUAUGAGGAGCCGGUAAUCCGCGGACAUCUCAUCCCGCACGAUCUGCAAGCAGAUCGCAGCAAACACCCCUCCAUGCUCCGCGCUGUGACAACUGUCAAGCGGAGCUCAGCUUGGACCAUACAAAGCGCAACUGGAAAUCGAUACACUCAGAUGAUCCCAAAGCUCGGCUCAAGCACUCACCUGAUUGUAUGUGUCUGA